AUGCCAGCGGCGAUGGCUGCGACGUCCCCUGACCAGGACGACGCACACGGCCCCGCCGAGAUCAACCUCCUCACCCUCAACUGCUGGGGUCUUCUCCACAUAUCGACCCUCCGCACCCCGCGCCUCCUCGAGAUCGGCCGCAGGAUUGCGAGCCUCGAUCCCGUGCCGCACAUCGUCUGUCUCCAGGAGUGCUGGGUCCAGGACGACUACCUCGCCGUCCGCGAUGCUGUCGCCCACAUCCUGCCCCAUGCCAAGUUCUACCACAGCGGUGCCUUUGGCGGCGGCCUCGCCCUCCUGAGCCGCUGGCCCAUCGAGGAGAGCUCGAUGGUCCCCUAUCCUCUCAACGGCCGCCCGACCGCCUUCUGGAGGGGUGACUGGUACGUCGGCAAGGGUGUGGCCUGCGCGACACUGAGGAUCGGCCCGCGCGAGGGCGACGUCGUGCAUCUGUUCAACACCCAUACGCACGCGCCCUACGAGUCCGGCCCGAACGACUCCUACCUCUGCCACCGCACCGCCCAAGCCUGGGAAGUCGCCAAGCUGCUGCGGGCCGCCUCCCAGCGCGGCCACCUCGUCCUCGCCCUCGGCGACUUCAACAUGUACCCCCGCUCGCUGCCCCAUCGCAUCAUCACCGCCCGCUCCCCCGUUCGUGAUGUCUGGCGCGUCCUCCAUCCCGAAAGCUCCAUCGGCCCCGCCGACUUCCCGGCCGAGAAGGCGCGCGCUCGUCCCGUCCCCUCGGCCGCCCGCAACCUCGAGGAGAACGGCGCGAGCAGCGACGGCCUGUACAAUACUUGGCGCUGGACCAAGAAGCAGCAGAAGCAGCUGCUCGCCGGCAAGGAUCGCCUCGUCGACCCCGACGCCGAGGAUGUGAACGGUAAGCGUCUCGACUACAUCUUUGCCUCGACGGCGGCCGAGUCGAAUCGUGGCUGGGUCGUCGACUCUGCCGCCGUCGUCAUGACUGAGCGCCACCCCGAUCUCCGCGUCUCCCUGUCCGACCAUUUUGGCGUCCUGGCCACCCUCAGGCACCACGCCAUCUCCUCCACCGACGCCGACAAGGCCGCUGAUGCCCAGCUGAACGGACCGCCCAACCAUGACCACCACCCGCUGUGCGUGUCCGACUACGACGAGAUCCUCGCCAUGACCCACAGGUACGCCGCCCGCGAGCGCUCCGAGCGUCGUUGGCGCGCCAUUCGCUUCUACGCCGCCCUGGUCCUCUGGAUCGCUUGCCUCGUCGCCGUCUGGUGGAGCCCCCGUCACUUUGUUUCAUUCAUUCUUGUUCUCCUCGCCAGCCUCGGACUGGCGGCCGGCGUCGUCGAGGGCCUCUUGGCCUUGCUGUUCUUCUCCUCCGAGAUACGCAAGCUCAAGGAGUUUGAGUGGGAGGUUCAGAACGCGAGAUGGGCUGCUCUUGCUACCAGCCAAGAGUCGGCCAAAUCAGCAUGA